AUGACUUUGUCCCAAAAGUUCAUCGAUUUCCUCGUCGAGGAGGCCCUGAGUCUGAGGGAGACAGCCGAGGAUGUCGCCAGGUCAGGGGCAUAUCUGUACCCAGUCAAGGGAAUCAUCUACUUUUCCUACCACAAAAGUCUCUGGCGGCCUCUGCUCUCUCGAUCCUCGCAAAUUCUCACUCUCGGCAUGGGUGUCACCGGCACCAUGUUCUUCUUCACCUACCUCCCCCAGCUCGCCAUCAUGAGCAUCACCAGCGGCCCUCUCGCCCCGAUUUCCGCUGCCCUCCUCGUCCUCAGCGAAAGUUCCGCCGUCACCACCUUCCUCUCCACCGCCUCCCUGGAAGAAGGCAUGGUCGACACCUUUGACGGCGCGCUCGUCUCGCGCGGGCAGGAAUCCCUCGUCGCGCAGGGUCGCACGAUCAACCCCAACGCUUCGGGUGACCAUAUCGCGCGACUAGGCAAGAAGUUGAAGAAGCCUCUUGCGCGUCUCCGUCCCAGGGCGCUCCUCCGCUCGCUCAUCCUUCUCCCGCUGAACUUUGUUCCGGUGAUUGGAACAUUCAUGUAUGCGAUUGCGCAUGGCAAGAAGAGAGGGCCUGCGGCGCAUGCUCGCUAUUUCCAGCUCAAGGGGUGGAAUGAGGAUCAGAGUGAGGCGUUUAUUAAGAAAAAUCGCGCUGCGUAUACAGGACUUGGUGUUGCUUCGUUUGCUUUGGAAAUGGUUCCUUUUGCUUCUAUUAUCUUUUCCUUUACCAACUCUGUUGGAGCGGCUUUGUGGGCGGCUGAUAUGGAAAAGGCAUUGCAAUAA